UAAAAACAAGACGCAGACAACAUACAACUUGAGCCGAGCCGGAGCAUAAAAAAGCGCCCCAUCCAACUAGGCAAAUGGGGCUUUUUGACAAGCUUGCAGGGUGGCUGGGUCUGAAGAAGAAGGAAGUGAACGUGCUGUGUUUAGGUCUGGACAACAGUGGAAAAACUACCAUCAUCAACCAGCUAAAGCCAUCCAAUGCUCAGGCUCAAGACAUUGUCCCAACUAUAGGCUUCAGCAUAGAAAAAUUUAGGACCUCAAGUCUUUCUUUCACAGUGUUUGACAUGUCAGGACAGGGAAGAUACAGAAAUCUGUGGGAGCACUAUUACAAGGAGGGCCAGGCCAUCAUUUUUGUGAUUGACAGUGGAGAUAAACUAAGAAUGGUGGUGGCAAAAGAGGAAUUGGAUACCCUUUUGAAUCACCCUGAUAUUAAGCACAGAAGGAUACCUAUACUCUUUUUCGCCAACAAGAUGGACCUCAGGGAUGCUUUGUCAGCGGUAAAGGUCUCUCAGCUCUUGUGUCUGGAAAACAUUAAGGACAAACCAUGGCACAUCUGUGCUAGCGAUGCAGUGAAAGGAGAAGGCCUUCAGGAGGGUGUAGACUGGCUGCAAGAUCAAAUCAGAGCGAUGAAAACGUAAAACCCUCCUGAAAAUGAACAAUUCAUGGUCACCUGCUGCAAUGGCGGAGGCAGACAAAACAGAUCUUUACCUCUGGGCACCUACUGUCUAUGCUGACUUUAAAAUCAGUUAGAUUGGUAGAGUAAUAAACUGUUUGGCUUCGAU